UCAACACAACAACAAACGGUUAUAUACGAAUCAACCAAUCCCCGUUUAGGAGGCCCUUGAAUCUCUUGCGUUCCCUUUGGACGUGGAGGGUGUUUGACUGUCACUCUACUGGGGUUGUGACCCCUGUGUGUGUGGUGUGGGUUACUGGUGCCUGCCCCGCUGGGGGUGGUCGGGUGUCGCCAGGUGCUCAGUGCCACUAGGUUUUUGUGUUGCCGUUUUGUCUUCACACCUGGAAAUUAGGCUGGAAUUCGGUUCGGCAGGGUGCAUACGUCGUUUCUUCAUCCCUUUAAAUGAACAACAACAACAAGAAUAAUAAUGUCUUUUCGUAUACUAAGCUGGAAUAUAAAUGGUCUCCGUUCCUUUAAGAAGGGUAUGAAGGAAUUUUUGUUGGGCUUGGAGGCAGAGAUCAUAUGCUUCCAGGAGACCAAAGUUACACGAGUGGAUAUUCAGGUGUAGCCACAUUUUGCUCACAGUCUGCCACACCCUUUGCAUCACAGGAAGGACUUUCAGGCAUUUAUGAUGGUGAGCUACGUGAUGGAAGUGGAACAGUUGAGGCUCUGCCAGCUGAAUGGGAACGGGAGGAAUUGAAGGAUCUUGAUAGCGAAGGCCGUGCUGUUAUCACACAACAUCUCAUUAAGGAUAAGAAUGGUUCUGAAGUGGAAUUAGCUGUUAUUAAUGUGUAUUGUCCUCGUGUGGAUCCUGAGAAGCCUGAACGUCGUGCUUUCAAAUUACGGUUUUAUGAGCUUCUGAGACAAAGAGCUGCUGUCAUUCGAUCAACUGGCUGCCAUGUUGUAAUUGUGGGAGACAUUAAUACAUCACAUAAGCAAAUUGAUCAUUGUGAUCCUGAUAAAGCUGAGAUAUUUGAGAAACGACUGGAUAGACUGUACCUGAGCAAUUUUCUCGUUCCACUGUGCAGGAAAGAUAUUGAAAAUGCUGGAAGAAAUUUAUAUGAAGACUGUAAAGUUAAUAAGACCUGUAAUAAUACUGUAUACAAAAAUAAGCUUAAUGCAUAUGAUCAAGUGACUGGCAGUGGUUCAUCUCUCUCAUUACCAGAAAAUAAACUAAGAAACAUUAGUAAUGUAGAGCAGGAACUUGCCAGCCAAAAUGUUAGUGAACAAAUUUGUAUACAUAUAAAUACUAAAAUGAGCUUAGAUAAAGAAUACAUCAAAGAAGGAAAGGACAGAUGUACAAAACAGAAAGGAAAGCCAGUAAUCAGGGAUGAAUUUGAAGAUGAUGAGCUAUCUGAGAACCAUUUACUUGUGUCAAACACAGACUUUCAAGUGGUUGAUACAUAUCGUUACUUCUACCCUGACAAGAAAGAUGCAUUUACUUGCUGGAAUACACUUACCAAUUCCAGAUCAACAAAUUAUGGAACAAGAAUUGAUUAUGUGUUCUGUAAUGAAGAAUUUCUUCCAUUUGUGAAAGACAGUUUAAUUCUUCAAGACAUAAUGGGAAGUGAUCAUUGUCCCGUGGCUAUAUUGGUUAUAGGGAAAUUAAUUCCUUCAGAUAGACUUCCCUGCAAUUGUGCUAAAUUCUUUCCAGAAUUUCGAGGGCAGCAACAAAAGUUAUUGUCAUAUUUUCAGUCACAGGUGCCCUUGCUUGAUGGUCAAAUGAGAAGAAGUCAGAAUUGUCAGAAUCUUCCUAAGCCUUCGAAGGAAGGAGUUUUAAAUCUUGAAAAUUCACACUGUAGCGUAAAAAGAAAAAAUUACAACACUAAAACUAAGUCUUCAAAUAAAAAAAAUUGUAUAGAAAAACAAAGGAAACUGAGUUCGUUCUUCACUUCAAAAGUAAGGGAUCAAGGCACCCCCAUUGUGUCACCAGACAUAGAAGAUACUGAAUUCGGAAGUCAGAGUUCAAGUCAAAAGUUGAAUGAUGCAAAAAGUACACACACAUUACUCAGUAAUUCAAGGCAGAUAGAAAAUGAUGAAAGUGCAAGCCUUGACUGCAAAGAUGUUUUUUCAGAUGACUUGGCUUCAUCAGCAGAAAGUAUUAGAAGUUGCCCAGGAACCAAUUUAAAGUCAAGCCAAAGUAAAACUGAAAAUUUAGGAUGGAACUUCCUAAUGAAAGGACCAAAACUGCCUCCACUCUGUCCAGGGCACAAUGAACCAGCUGUUAGGCUUACAGUUAAAAAGAAGGGACCAAAUAUAAAUCGGCAGUUUUAUGCUUGUGCCAAAGGUGUAGGCAAGGAAGGUGAUCCAAAUGCUCGGUGCAACUUCUUUAAGUGGGUAGGAAAAUAAGUGUAAACAAUUGAUAAAAGGUUUACAAAUUAAGUGCAUUGAUAUUUUUAAAUGUUAAAAUUAAAGUUUUACAUAUUUUGCAAGC